CUGGAACACAGCAGACUCGGAACAGCCUAGAAAUUCCUCAAUUCUUAGUCCCUGUCUCAUUUCUUUUCUUCACUGCACAUCUCUGUCCAUCGACUCUGUUCCUCUACAGACGACGUGAAUAUGUCAGGGGUUCACAAAAACAUUGAACAAGACGUGGUGGAACAAAUCCUAUCAACUCUGCCUCCCAAAACUUUGAUGCGAUUCAAGUGCGUUUCUAAAAGGUGGUAUGCUCUCAUCACCAAUCCCAGGUUCGUAGCUAAGCACUUGUCCAUUUCCAAGCACAACAAUCGCUCUACUCCUUCCGUCCUUUUGAAGCGUUUAGUCCAUAAGGACAAUAACACUGAUAGUGAGACUCAAGCGGUAUUCUCAUUGCUCAAAUUUCGCAAUAAUAUUGAUGGCGGCGGCGAAGCGCAUAGCUUUCUUUCCGGGGUAGAGGACAUUGACAUUCCUUCUUCUUUGAGUCUAAAGACGGGAGGCUCAUCACUUCAUAUUAUAGGCCAUUGUAAUGAGAUCAUCUGUCUAGUUCCAGCUGUUUCUGGUGAGGUGAUAUUAUGGAACCCAGCAAUUCAUGAAUUUAAGCCUCUUCCCCCUCAGCCUUACCUUCCCAAUUCCCCAGAAAUAAUUGGUACCCUGCCGGGUUGGCCUAAAGAUGUUCCCUACAGUAUACAUCGUGAGUACAUGGAUAGUUUGGGAUUUGGCUAUGAUCCCAGGUCUGAUGACUACAAAGUUGUUAACAUUGGAUAUCCUUGUCUAGAAAGAUCUCUUGAUGGAUAUCGUAUUAAUUUUCCCCUGAAAACAGCUGUAUAUACCUUGAGUACCGAUUCUUGGAGAGAGAUGAAGACUUUUUCUUUGGAAACACAAUCUACUAUCCUUUUCCCUGACCGCUUCCAGAUGUACUUCAAGGGAAUGUGUUAUUGGUCUGGACUUGAGCUGCAUAAGGAAGUACAUUUGUUUGACGCGAUGGAAGAGGAAUUCAUUAGGAACAUUAUCAUUUUGUUCGAUAUGGGUGACGAGGUAUUUCAUGAUAUGCUGUUACCGGGUAGUCUAUCUGAUCCAUUUGAGGUAUCUUUUAAUAUGCGCCUUCUAGUGUGGAAUGAAUCCAUUGCUCUUUUUGGAUUGGAAAGUGAGAAUUCACCGUAUGGUGUAUCGUUUGGAAUAUGGGUGAUAGAUGAAUUUGAUGGUCCUAAGACCCCUUGGACUAAACAUAUAUGUUUCGAGCUCAAUGAAAAGCCGUUGGCAUUUUUGAAUAGCGAUGAGAUUCUUAUGGAGGUGAUAAAGGACACAAGUGGACGUCUAUUCUCAUAUAACCUUAGUACCAAAACUCUCAAGUAUCUUCCCAUUGAUAGCGUGCAAAAUGAUUCUGCAGCUGUUGUCUAUGGGAAUUACAGUAUAGUUUCAAUCUUGGGGGGCAACAAGCUGGAGAACAAAGAUAAUUCUACAAAUGCCGGCUUUUCUCUCUUCGAGUACUCUUUUCCACCCAGUCGUUCAAUGGUUGACAAUGAAUGGCACUCGUAUUCAGUAUGGGCCAUACCACCGGAUGACGUGUCUCUCAAGAUAAAGAAGGUGAUGCAAGCUCUUAGGUUGGAGUUUGGUGGGCCGGAGAUUGAGCCCCAUAUCACCGUUGUGGGGUCUAUUCGAAUGACACAGGAGAACGCACUGAACGAGUUUAGAUCUCUUCAGUCUUGUGUUACUUCUGGGUACAAAGCUAAAGUUAACCAAGUGGUUACUAGGAGUUUCUAUUACCAGUGUGUUUUGCUCGUCAUUGAUUCCUCCUUUUCAUCCGAUGAUGAGUCCUUUGAGUUAUGCGGAGCAACUGGAGCCUGUGGUAGAUGUUUUGGUUUCCACAACAGUGUUAGACCACAUUUGAGUCUGCUAUAUGGGAAUCUGACAGAAGAAGAGAGGAGAAAAGCAAAAGAAAAAAUUAGUAUUCUGGAUAAGAGCAUUACUGGCAUGAGCUUCCCCAUAACUCGACUAGCACUGCACAAAAUUGACUACAAAGAUAAGACUCUCAAAUCGUGGGAGAAGAUUGCUGAGUACACCCUCCUAUAUUUCGAUUAGUUCUCCUAUUGAACUGCUUGUUAAAGCUCGAUUUGUAAUAAGACUUUGUAUCAGUGUUUCUGGUGCAGUCAUGUAGUAGAUUUAAUAAUCAGUUUGUUUCUCAUGUGCAAGACAAAAUAACUCGAGUAAAAUUACUAUAGUU